AUGACCUCCCUCCGCUUGGGCCCUGGUCCCUCUCCUUGGGACAGCCCAGAUAAGAAGCUUCCAACCGGCGAACUUGCACGCUACGAUGUGCAGUCACCUACGCCACAGAGAUAUCACAUCGCCAGUCUGGAGUUCUUCGUCGACGACACGGAGACGGCCGUCUACAGGGGAUCACUAAAACAACCCGAUAAUCCAGAGCUCGAGAAAGUCGUGGUCAAGACGGACUUCUUCGCUGAGACUCUGCGACAGGGCGCUCUCGAACACGAGGCCGACAUGUACGAGCUUCAUCUGUCUAGCCUACAGGGCCUAUCGAUACCGUACUGCUAUGGUCUAUUCCAGCAUAAAGGCGAAGGAGAUAGGGUCUCAUCUUUCCUCGUCCUUGAGGAUUGCCGUGAUCGGAUUAAAGAUGCUAGCAGUUUAACAAACUCGUUCAAGUACGGUUACACCUUCCAUCUUGUGAAUGUCGUUUACCGAGUAUUUGCGAGCAGGCUGAAAGCACUUGAUGCGCUAUAUGGUAUUCAUUGCGCGGGAUACACCCAUGGCGACCUUUCUUUGAACAAUAUCACUGAUAAAGAUGGCGAACCUUUCUUCAUCGACCUGGAGACUGCUGAACCUCACAAAUGUGAAAUGUCGGAGAGAAUCAUGGUUGGGGAAGAGAAGAGAGACAUUGAAUGCGACGAAAUUGAUAUCUGCUGUAUGUUACUUGAGAUUUGGGCCGACGAGGAUGUCAAUGUCAAGGGUUUCUUCGUAUUUCGAAGAGCAUACCUUCGGAGGGAGAAUAUAGAUUUCCUACUCUCCCGUCUCAUUCAUCACAACAGGAAUACAGAGGUAUUCCGCCCAUUCGUUGAACAGCUGGUAGAAAAGAUUGAGGCAGAACGAGAGUAUUGGAGGAAGGCCCCAUAA